GCUAGAUCGCUCGCAACGAGUUUUCAGAACAUCUUCGUUCAGAAAUGUUUGAAAUUAUGUUGCUUAACUUACUAAUUGUUUUGACAAGCAGUGGCAGUUUGAUUGCACAAUACCUUAAUAUCUACACUGUACCGGUUUCGGAAUCGAGUGCUGGAGAUAAAUCACUGCAAUGUGUUCGUAAUUUAGUCAGAGAACAAACUGAAAGCGCAAAGAUAUCAACUACCGGGGAAUGCAUCCCAUUGUCAAGAAGUUGGCUUGAGACGAGAAGCUUUGACCCCGACUUUACAUAUGUAACAGGAAAAAUUAAAGAUCUACAGUUUCAGCCUCCGAUGCUGGUAAAUACAAGUUCAUAUAAGUCUGAACUUCCUGGGCUGUUGGGUGUUGGUGGCUCAGUAGACGUAUCGUUUUUAUUUCCUACUACAGAUAUUAAGAUAUAUGUGCUUCUUUCAAUGGAUGGUGGUAAUGUUGCCCUUAAAGUUAUGAUAGAUAUUAGUAUCCAGGAAUUGAAAACUUGACCAUAAGAUUGAUGGCGUCUGGCAGAAGGACUUUGUUAGAGCUAAUAUUGUGC